GUUCAUCAAGGAGGGACGCAAUCUUCUUAACAACAACCAUCUCCUUUGUGUCACCCAGAAAACAUGGCAUGGAUUCCUCUUAUCCCAGGCGCAGUGGCUAGUCUAUGGAAGGGUUAUGAAGAGAUAGUCGCACGUCCUCAAAGGAGGGCUCGUGAAGCCCAGCAGAAGCUGAGGGAGUCACAGGAAAAAGAACGGGAAAGCGAGCAAAGACGAAUAGCACUACUAAAAGAGCUAUAAGACAUGCUUAUCUUCUGGCCAUGUUCGUAAUGCAUGCUGAAUUAAUUCAUGCUAGGGGCUAUGACACAGACCAGCCAACAAUUACAAAAGAGCUUAUAGUCAGCGCCCAGGAGACGGUGGGCUAUGACAAAGACAAACAGAAUAUUGUCUUCGCUGGCAACGUCAAUGUCGGCAAAUCAUCACUCAUCAAUGCCCUUUGCGAUAAAGGAGGAAACGACGAUGGUGCUGCCCGCGUGGGCUCUAUUCAAGCCACGAUGGGUAUAACUCGUCACGAGAUUCCCAACCACCCAGAGAUGUUGCUCUACGACAUUCCCGGUGCGAGAACCCAGGAUGUGCCGGCAUUCCAAUACUACCACGAUCAAAUGCUGUAUGCUUUUGACACUGUUGUCCUUGUCCACGAUACUACGUUGACCCAAGCCGACAUCCGCUUGCUCAAAAUGUGCAUCCUUUCCAACCAAAAAUGCCUAGCCGUCCGAACCAAAUCCGACGAUCAUAUAAGAAACUACGAAUAUGACAAAGAGUGCAACAAUUUGGAGGAAGCAAGACAGAUUUUUCUCAGUGAGAUCCGUCAAGACAUCGAGCGCUGUCAGGAGCAAAUCGCAGCCUCUUGGCCGGAGCGUGAAGUCCAAGUCCGGGAUUACGUUGUAUCCUCUCGGUCGGUGAGGAGCUUUAUGCGUCAAAAUGCGUCACCCAAGGACGCGGCUACUGCUUACAUUGAUGAGUUGGAUUUUGCGUUUGCCUUGUCUCCAACUCUGGUGGUGAAUGUUGACAACUAAGUGGAUGAGUAUGCCGAGUGAGUUAAAGGUGUGAAUAUAUAAACGAGAUACUAGUAAACAAUAAAGGUCAGGUCUCUUUUUAAAUCUGA